AUGGAUCAGUUUGUUAUUGAAUCAACCAAGAAAGAUGUCGCACCAAAGGCAAUGAAGAAUGGAUUGACUCGUUUCGAAGAGAUAUUAGAGCACAAUCAUGGUGUAUUAGAUAAUAUUUUACAUACUUUGGAUCCAAAACUUCAUUCUCUUGGUUAUCUCUUUGUCUUAAAAGCAAAGAUUAGUGACUCUAGAAAGAAUCAACAAAGCUAUAUUACUCAAGUUAUAAAUUUCAUACAAGUUGCCACUUCAGAACAAAUCAAAGCUGCACCAGUUCAUUGUAAACAUCUUGGAGAUCUUUUGCAUCAAUUGAGACAACCAGCAAGAGGAGUGUUACCAUUGAAGCAUGCGAUCUGUGCGUUGACAGAUCGUCCAUCACAAUUGACACCGAUCCACUCGGAUUUCCUCAUUCUCUGUAUCCUCUCAAAGAGCUACCACGUCGCGAUGCCAGUGAUCACCAACAGCAUUACCGACGUGAAUCCCGAGCAGACAUCGAUCGCCAUCAAAGAUGUUCUCGCCUAUUUCUACUAUGCCGGUAUCGUCUUUGCCACCAUGAAGAAGCACAAGCAGGCAUUGGAGUCGUUCAAGCAGGUCUGGACUGCACCGGCACACGCACUCAGUGCCAUUGCAAUCGAGUCCUACAAGAAAUACUAUUUGGUGUUCCUCUCGGUGCACGGUACCACCCCAGGAUUCCCCAAGUACACUCCAUUCGUAGUGCAACGUACCAUCAAGAAUCACUGUAAGACAUACAUUGACUUUGGUACCUGUUAUCUCAGCGGUAACAUGGCUGAGAUUAACACCAAAUUCCAUCAAAAUGCUGAGACUUUCCAAAAGGAUAACAAUAUUGGUUUAGUUAAAUUAUCUAUUAGAUCGAUACAUAGAAGAAAUAUUAAGAAAUUGACUCAAACCUUUAUGACUUUGUCGAUUCGUGAUAUCGCCGACAAUGUAAAGCUUUCACCAGCUGAUGCCGAAGCUAUUGUUUUAAAGAUGAUUGAAGAUGGUGAAAUAUUUGCAACUAUCAGUCAAAAGGAUGGUAUGGUUACAUUCCAUGAGAACCCACAAUCAUUCAGUGGACACUCAAUUUUGAAUGAAUUGGAACAACAGAUCAAUGGUGUCGUAUCUCUCGAGACCAAAUUGAGAGCUAUCGAUGAGCAGUUCUCUGUUAGUACACCAUAUCUAAAGAGACUUUUGAAUGCCGAAAAGAAAAUGUCAUCCCAAUACGAUAGUUAUUUUUAA